GCCCAAGUCCCAAUCUUUUGGCUUUCCCCACCUUCCACUCUAUCUUCUCUCUCUACUGAUAUGACCUCUUCCUCUUAGCCGAACACAUGAUAUUUCUAGUCAAUUGAAAGUUCGACUAAUCCGCCCACUAUCUUUAGACGGCAUUUCUCAGACAACGAGAGCAAAAGAACUCAUCUUUACAGGAACAACUAUAACCUAUUGCGGAUUCUACCGAUCUGGACUUUUUCUGUAAUGGGAAAGAUAACUGUUUGCGUUGUAGCAGUAUCGGCUGCCGCGGUUUGCGCCGCCGCCGCACUGAUUGUUCGCCAUCGUCUGAGGAGCUCUGGUCAAUGGGCAAAGGCGAUAGCGAUACUGAGAGAGUUCGAGGAAAAGUGUGAUACUCCAAUUGGGAAGCUGAAGCAAGUGGCCGACGCUAUGACCGUUGAGAUGCAUGCUGGUCUUGCAUCUGAAGGUGGCAGUAAGCUCAAGAUGCUCAUCAGCUACGUUGACAAUCUUCCUACAGGUGAUGAGAAAGGUUGGUUUUAUGCAUUAGACCUUGGUGGUACAAAUUUCCGUGUGUUGCGUGUGCAAUUGGGUGGAAAAGACAAUCGAGUUGUUAAAAAAGAAUUUGAGGAAGUAUCCAUUCCUCCUCACUUGAUGGUUGGGAGUUCAAAUGAACUGUUUGAUUUCAUUGCAAAGGCGCUUGCUGAUUUCAUUGAUACAGAGGAUGAGGAGUUCCAUAUUCCGCCUGGCAGGCAAAGGGAGCUCGGUUUUACUUUCUCAUUCCCUGUUAGGCAGACAUCGAUUGCUUCUGGGACUCUCAUCAAAUGGACCAAAGGGUUCUCUAUUGAGGAUGCGGUUGGACAGGAUGUUGUUGGCGAGCUGACGAAAGCCUUGGAAAGAGCCGGGGUCGACAUGCGUGUGGCAGCCUUAGUUAAUGAUACAAUAGGAACCUUGGCAGGAGGAAGAUAUAACAACCCCGAUGUCAUCGCUGCUGUCAUAUUGGGUACUGGAACCAAUGCUGCCUAUGUCGAAAGGGCGAAUGCGAUUCCCAAAUGGCAAGGUCUACUGCCCAAAUCAGGGGAGAUGGUUAUUAAUAUGGAAUGGGGCAAUUUCCGAUCUUCACAUCUUCCGUUAAGUGAAUAUGAUUCUGCACUUGACGAUGAGAGUCUGAACCCGGGGGAACAGAUUUUUGAGAAGAUCAUUUCAGGAAUGUAUUUGGGUGAAAUAGUCCGCAGAGUUCUACUCAGAAUGGCGGAAGAAGCUGCAUUUUUUGGUGAUACCGUCCCCCCAAAACUGAAAAUUCCGUUUGUACUCAGGACUCCUCACAUGUCAGCCAUGCAUCACGACUCUACUCCGGACCUGAAAGUGGUUGCGAGCAAGUUGAAGGAUGUGUUCGAGAUAUCGAAUACCUCGCUUAAGACAAGAAAGAUAAUAGUAAAACUGAGUGACAUUGUCGCCACGCGUGGAGCACGUCUAUCUGCAGCUGGGAUCUUCGGAAUUCUCAAGAAAAUAGGAAGAGAAACGGUUAAGGAUAUCGAUAACAAGAAGAAGUCGGUUAUAGCACUGGAUGGGGGGCUGUUCGAGCACUAUGGGAAAUUCAGCAGUUAUAUGGUGAGUACUCUCGAUGAGUUGCUAGGGGAAGCAUCGGAAAAUGUUGUCGUAGAGCUCUCUAGCGAUGGCUCUGGGAUCGGAGCCACUCUCUUGGCCGCCUCUCACUCGCAAUACUUGGAGCUUGAAGAAUCCUGACCAUGGCCAUGACUGGUAUCUUUAUGUUGUUGUGUCAAAGUUAUCAUCAUUCACCGUUCAACAGAAAUAGAAUAAAUCUGAACCUGGAAAAUGUUUUUUCCUAAAUUGUCCCAUUUGGAAACCAAAUCUAGACGAGAAGUCGUCGUUGAUAGAUUUAUUUGAAAA